UAUUCUUGUAUUGACUACAAAAAUUGAAAAAAUUCUUAGAAAUAAAAACAGAGAAAUUGAAACAUGGCAAGAUAAUUAUAAUGAAUUAUUAAAGCAAUUAGGUGAUAUCACCCCAACUGUAGAAAAAGCUGUUCAAGAUGCAUUAAAAAAUUUAAAACUUGAUACUAAUUUACAAGUGAUUAAAGAUGCAAUUAAUAAAAUUGAUAAUGAAGAAGUUAAAAAUCUUAUUAAUUUCAAAACAGAUGAAAUAUUACAAAAAUUUAGCAAUGUUCAGGUACCUGUUCCAAUUGAUGCUGCUAAUGCAGAAAAAAGUUUAUGA